UCUUAUAAGUGCUCUUUUUUCUCUCUAGAAUGUGUGAGGUAAAAGAAAAAUAAAUAGUAUACAUCUAACAACAGUGAAAGCUGAUUGGAAACUAUGAUGACUUUUUACAGGUUUUAAAACAGACUUUAAGUGCUAAAGAAGAUUCGACAUAUAAAAUGAUUUAUAAAAUUGUUUAUUUUUUUCUAAAGCUCUUCCAUGAAUUACGUAGUUAGAAGUCAGUUUGUUGCAAAAUCUUGUUUUCAAAUUUAGGUUCAUCUUCAUCGAAUUCAAGCCAUAAUGUAGCCUUUAUAAGAUCAACGUCUAAGAACUAUGAAACUAGAUAUUCAACGAUUCCGAAAUCUGAUGACCACUCAAAUAUGGCACAAGCAAGUUCUUGUACCAAAAUCACUUUCAUGGAUCGGCUCACUGAUGUUGACCGCGAAAACAAGAAAAUAGAUGCAAUUGAAGGCUAUAAAAGUAAUCGUAUUCUAACACUGGAAGAGGCUCUCAAACCCUUGAAAGGUCCUUUUCCUCAAUGGGAUCAUCAUAUUAAGCAAGCGAAAAAUAAUUGCAAUAUGGAUUCUUCAGAUGGUCUUACUUCUGAUGAAUCAGCAGCUAUAUAUUUGUACACUAUUCAGUUCAAUGAUGCAAAUUUCAGUCGUAUGCUUAAUGAAACAUUAAGAUGUGGAGAUUCAACCAAUCUCAACAAGUUCUGGUUGAACUACUUCAAAUUAUUUUGUUCAGCACUUGAAAAGUUACCUCCCGUAAAAGGCAUUUAUUAUCAAGGUGUAACUGCCAAAAUUAAAGAAAAAUAUCCGAAGGGAAAAACAAUUACUUGGUGGGGUAUUACCUCAUGCACCGAUCAGGCAGAUACUAUCAUUAGUUCUUUAUCAAAAAAUAAAUCCACUCUACUGAAAAUAUAUAUUGAAAAUGGUAAAGAUAUAUCAGCAUACUCAUCUAAUAACAAAGAAGUAGAAAUCAUUCUUUUACCGGGUACUCGUCUAUACGUAAAGAAUGUGUCACAAAAUGAGAAGUUUGGAUUCGACGAGAUUGAUUUGCAAGAAAUAAAUGAUGAAAGCACACCAUCUGAAUCUCCUCGAACUCAAAACAAGCCACAUAUUUCAAAAGAUAAAACUUUUGCCCUUGAACCAGCAGAGCCACCACAUCCAUCAUGCAAGUUCACAACAGAUGAAAAUAAAACAUGGCUGGAAUGUCAAUUUAAAAAUCAUGAAUGUACAAUGAUUUUUAUGCCUAAUGAAUGUGACACGUAUCUCAAAAAUCCUCCUGGUUCAAUAGAUGGAGACAUGUUGAAUCGUAUCAAGGGUUCAAUGUUUGGUUUACUUUUGGGAGAUGCUUUAGGUGCUCAUGUCGAAUUCAGACCACACGGUUAUUUACUCGCUAAUCCAGUUUCUGAUCUACAAAGUGGAGGAACAUGGGGCCUUGAGAAAGGGCAGUUCACCGAUGAUGGAUCCAUGGCUCUUUGCUUAGCAAAUUCGUUAGUGGCUCGCUGUGGCUUUGAACCUUAUGAUCAACUGGUUCGAUAUAAAUGGUGGUUUAGACAUGGAUACAUGUCAUCGACGGGAAAUUGCUUUGAUAUUGGUGCAGCUACUAAAAGAGCAAUUCGUAAAUUUGAAAAUCAACAAACAGAGUUCGCUCGAAACAAUAAUAUUCCACUUGAGGAAAUCGAUUUUCUCUCAGAUGAGAAGCUUCUCAAAAUAUUUCCCACCAACUGCGGUUCAAAUGACGCAGCCGGUAAUGGUGCACUUAUGCGUUUGGCACCAGUACCUCUAUUUUUCCAUCGAAAUCCACAACUUGCUGUUGAGUUUUCUGGGAUCAGCGGUCGAAUUACUCACGGAGAUCAAAGAGCAUAUGAUGCCUGCCGUUAUUAUGGAGCGCUCAUUAUUGCUGUUCUUAUGAACAAAGUAGAUAAAGAUGAACUGCUUAGUGAAAAAUUUUAUUCGAACGAGCUGAAGAAAUUCUUCAAAAAUGGUUCUUUACAUACCGAUAUUGAAAAAAUUGCAAAAGGAUCUUUUAAAAAGAAAAAAGGUUAUGAUGAUGGAAUACGAGGCAAAGGAUACGUUGUUAAUUCUCUUGAAGCUGCUUUAUGGGCAUUUUGGAAUACAAAGACAUUUAAAGAAGGUGCAAUAGAAGCAGUAAAUUUAGGUGACGAUACCGAUACCACAGCGGCUAUUUAUGGCCAAUUAGCAGGCGCAUUCUAUGGUUACGAUAAAUUACCGUCAGAAUGGAUCAAUAUGGUUUAUGCUAAACGAUUCGUUGAAUGCUUAUGCGAUUGGAUUGCAUAUGAAGGUAGUCGAUGGGACUCCAAGAAAUAA